GGUGGUUCGAGAAACACUGUGGACGGCGCCCGACGGUCGCGAUGGGCGCGCAUGGUCCGUUGAUCCCUGAGAAGACGUUGGACGCGGCAUACUUCCACGGACUUGAUGGGUUGGGUGGAAUUCACACCAUCGCACCGGAAUUCACGCCGCCUCCAUCGCAUAUUCAUCUAUGGAACCCAACGGACCCGGAAGACAUCAAGGUUGAACAGGCGGAGAAGGACAUGGGCGAAGACUGCGACUUUACGCCCAAUCUCUUCACCCCCGUCCCCACCGCAGCCCACACCCACAUUCUCGAACUCCUCCGCACCUCUGAACCCGAUACAAUCACCAUCGUUGCAAUCGGACCCCUCACCAACAUCGCUCUCGCCGCAAAGGCUGACCCGGAGACUUUCUCGAGAGUGAAAGAGGUGGUGGUGAUGGGCGGCUGUCUUCGCGUUCCUGGAAAUGUGACGCCGGGGGGCGAGUUCAAUGUCUUGGCCGACGCGGAGGCGAGUGCCAUCGUUUACGCACUUACGAGCAAGCAACCACACACCUGUCUCCCACCCCAUCUCCUCCCGCUCUCUCCGCUUCCUAAACCAUUGAAGCUAACACUCUUCCCGCUCGAUAUCACGAAUCAACACAUGAUGCCCUACAAGCGCUUUAAAGAGGAGAUUCAAGAUAAGCAGGGGCCGUUGGGGAAGUGGGUAAAGGGAUUCAUGGAGACGACAUAUAAUACCAUCAAAUCACUCUACACCAUCGACGAACUCGCACGCUUCGGGGAUCGCUGGGGAUUGGAGAUGCACGACCCAUCCUGUAUGUACUACCUCCUGGCUCUUUCCCAAAACCCUCAACUCCCUCAGUGGACCUUCAAGAUCGAAGACUGCCGCGUGGAAACAGAAGGCCACUUCACCCGCGGCGUAUGCGUAGUUGAUGACCGUGGGCGACAGCGGAUCGCGGAGGGGAUUGAGGAUGGUGGGAGUGAUUCUGGGAACUGGUUGGGUUGGGAGGCGGGGACGCGGGUCAGAGUGUGUACGGGGACGAGCGGGGAGGAGGGGUUGGUUGGAGCGCUUUUGGGGGGGUGCUUUGGGGGAUGGGAGUGGUAGGUCUAGCAGGCGUUUGAUAUCGAUGUGGAAUUAGAUGUUGGGAGACUGUGAGGAUGUACGAACUGCUGAGGCCGGUACUCGGUAGUA